CAAGGGGGCAGGGGGGAUGAGGGGACAGCAGCAUGGGCCUGUGAGGCCUGUGGGGUGCCCGCGUUCCCAAACCCCCCCGCAGCCGGCUCUGCAGUGGUCCGCUCCGCUAGGUGGCCGCGUGCGGAUUCGGAUUCCAGACCCCAGGCUGCGUGUUCUCCACCGCUUGUUAUGGCCAGUGUUACUGCGGAGACCCCAGAGCAGCCUCGGCGCUAUGGAGGAGCCGGGCGCUACCCCUCAGCCCUAUCUGGGGCUGGUCCUGGAGGAGCUACGCAGGGUUGUGGCAGCACUGCCUGAAAGUAGGAGACCAUAUUCGAAUCCUUAUGGUUUUCCAUGGGAACUGGUGGUAUGUGCAGCCGUUGUUGGAUUUUUUGCUGUUCCCCUUUUUCUGUGGAGAGCUUUUAGAUCCGUUAGGAGUCGGCUUUAUGUGGGAAGAGAAAAACAACUUGCUGCAACGCUUUCUGGACUAAUUGAAGAAAAAUGUAAACUACUUGAAAAAUUUAGCCUUAUUCAAAAAGAGUACGAAGCCUAUGAAGCAGAGUCGUCUUUAGAGGAUGCCAGCUUUGAGAAGGUGGCAGCAGAAGCACGAAGUUUGGAGGCAACUUGUGAAAAGCUGAACAGGUCCAAUUCUGAACUUGAGGAUGAAAUCCUCUGUCUAGAAAAAGAGUUCAAAGAAGAGAAAUCUAAACAUUCUCAACAAGAUGAAUUGAUGGCAGAUAUUUCAAAAAAGAUACAGGCUCUAGAAGAUGAGUCAAAAUCCCUGAAAUCACAAAUAGCAGAAGCCAAAAUCAUCUGCAAGAUCUUUAACAUGAGUGAAGAACGACGCGAGAUAGCAAUACAAGAUGCUUUGAAUGAAAAUUCUCAACUUCAGGAAAGCCAGAAGCGGCUUUUGCAAGAAGCUGAAGUAUGGAAAGAACAAGUGAGUGAACUUAAUAAACAGAAAAUAACAUUUGAAGACUCCAAAGUACACACAGAACAAGUUCUGAAUGAUAAAGAAAAUCACAUCAAGACUCUGACUGGACGCUUGCUAAAGAUGAAAGAUCGGGCUGCUGUGCUUGGAGAGGACAUAACGGAUGAUGAUAACUCGGAAUUAGAAGUGAACGGUGAAUCGGAAAAUGGUGCUUACUUAGAUGAUCCUCCAACAGGAGCUUUGAAGAAACUGAUUCAUGCUGCUGAGUUAAAUGUUUCUUUGAAAACCUCGGAAGGAGAAAGAAACCACAUUAUUAUUGAGUUAUCUGAAGUUGACAAAACAAAGGAAGAGCUUACAGAGCAUAUUAAAAAUCUUCAGACUCAACAAGCAUCUUUGCAGUCAGAAAACAUGUAUUUUGAAAGUGAGAAUCAGAAGCUUCAACAGAAACUUAAAAUAAUGACUGAAUUCUAUCAAGAAAAUGAAAUGAAACUCCACAGAAAAUUGACAGUAGAGGAAAAUUCCCGGAUACAGGAAGAAGAGAAACUUUCUAAAGUGCAAAAAAAGAUCAGCCAUACCACUGAAGGGCUGGAGACCUAUGGAAAGCUAGCCAAAGAUCUUGAAGAAGAAUUGAAGAGAACUAUUAAUUUUUAUCAAAGGCAGGUUAUUUCCUACGAGAAAAAAGGACAUGAUAAUUGGUUGGCAGCUCAGACUGCUGAAAGAAACCUCAAUGAUUUAAGGAAAGAAAAUGCUCACAACAGACAAAAAUUAACUGAAACAGAGUUUAAAUUUGAACUUUUAGAAAAAGAUCCUCGUGCACCUGAUGUUUCAAAUACAGCAUUUGGCAGAGGGCAUUCUCCAUGUGGUCCCUCACCAUUGGGUCAGCCUUCAUCUGAAACGAGAGCUUUUCUGUCUCCUCAAACUGUGUUGGAGGGUCCACUAAGACCCUCACCUGUGCUUCCGGAGGGAGGAGGAAGAGGCCCAAGAGGCCCAGGGAAUCCUCUGGACCAUCAGAUUACCAAUGAAAGAGGAGAACCAGGCUGCGAUACGUUAACCGAUCCUCACAGGGCUCCUCCUGACACUGGGUCCCUGUCGUCUCCGUGGGAACAGGACCGUAGGAUGACGUUUCCUCCACCAGGACAAUCACAUCCUGAUUCAGCGCUUCCUCCACAAAGGGAAGACAGAUUUUAUUCUAAUUCUGAUGGACUGUCUGGGCCAGCAGAACUCAGAAGUUUUAAUAUGCCUUCUUUGGAUAAAAUGGAUGGGUCAAUGCUUUCAGAAAUGGAAUCCAGUAGAAAUGAUGCCAAAGAUCAUCCUGGUAAUUUAAAUGUGCCUGAUUCAUCUCUCCCUGCUGAAAAUAAAGCAACCGGCACCGGCUUUGUUCCUCCACCUCUAGCUCCAAUCAGAGGUCCAUCGUUUCCUGUGAAUACAAGAGGUCCAUUCAUGAGAAGAGGACCUCCUUUCCCCCCACCUCCUCCAGGAACCAUGUUUGGAGCUUCUCGAGGUUACUAUCCACCAAGGGAUUUCCCAGGUCCACCACGUGCUCCAUUUGCAGCGAGAAACAUCUAUCCACCAAGGGGUUUUCCUCCUUACCUUCACCCAAGACCUGGAUUUUACCCCAACCCACAUUCUGAAGGUAGAAGCAAGUUCCCUUCAGGGUUGAUUCUGUCUUCCAAGGAGCCUGCUACUGAACAACUAGAACCACAGCAAGAAACCCGACAAGAUUUUUGCUCUCUUCAAAAGUAAUUUAGACUGAUCUCAUUUUCAGUUUAAGUAACGGCUGUUACUUAAGUGAUUACACUUUUCUCAAAUU